AUGAUAAUAGUGAAAGUAGAAUUUUAAGAGGUCUCAAAACCUUAUAAAAUUAGAGUUCAGAAGAAUACAAAAAACAUAGAAGUAUCAAGAGUCUAUGAUAGCUCAGAUGAUUCAAAUAUAAAAACUACAGAUAUGAUUAUAAUCAUAAGUCUCGUAACAACAUAAUUGUAUGAAAUUUAGGUAACUAUCUAGAAAUUUUUUGAUAUGACUGAAAAUCUAGAUAAUUUUAAUGCCUAGAAUUUCUAUAGGAUAAAAUAAAUAAUUAGUUCACUAGACAAAUAGGAGAGGCAAGAUAAAAUAAAAAAGUCAAAAAGAAGAGCAAAGAAAUUUUCAAAUGAGGAAGAUCAGCGACUAUUAAACUGUGUACAAAGAAGAGGACCAAAAUUCAUAAGUUCAUAAGAUAAUUUCUAGGAAUUACUUCUAAUAUUUUAAAGAAUAUAUACUAUAAAUAACUAAGAUUUGCUAUAGAUAAUAUAUUAGAAAAGUAUAAAUUUGGAUUAUUAAAGCCAAAAUCAUCAUUUGGUUUUUAUGCUGAAUUGGAAAAUUCUAAGCAUUGAAAAAGAUAUUGAUCAAUGGUAUUUAUCUUUAUUCAUGAACACUUUCUCAAGAAAACCUAUGAUAAGUGUUAUAUAUCCAGUAUCAUUUUCCUUUAGUUAAUUUAAAUUAAUACUUGAAUAUAAAUAGACUCAUGGUCUGUUUGUUCCUUUCCGAUCUGUAUUAAUUCGCAUCUAAAAUUACAGCCACCAGCAAAUAAAUAAUAUUUUAGAUAAAAGUAGUUAUUAAAACUAUCUGUUUAGAACUAACAUUCCAAAUCUUAAUUGA